AUGGCUACUUCUUAUAAAUCAUCAAAAGUUUACAAGCUCAAUAGUGGUGAAACCAUCCCAGCAUUGGGACUUGGUACCUGGCAAGCCCUGGCCGAUGACGUCUACAAAGCUGUUUUGUUUGCUCUCAAAACAGGUUACAGACACAUCGAUUCCGCUCUUGCUUACGGCAAUGAAGAACCUGUUGGCCGUGCUAUUAGAGAUUCAGGAAUCCCAAGAAAAGAAAUCUUUGUAACAACUAAGUUGGCCCCCAUUGAUGCUCUUGAUCCUGCUGGUGCCUUGGAUCAAUCCUUGAAAAACCUUGGUUUGGACUAUGUUGACUUGUACUUGAUGCAUUGGCCAGUUUGUUUGAACAAGGCAAACAAGCUGCACCCAGGUAUUCCAACAUUACCUAACGGAAAGCGUGAUAUAGUGUUUGACCGCGAUUUCACCCAAACAUACGCCGACAUGCAGCAUUUGGUUGAAUCAGGUAAAGCCAAGUCAAUUGGAGUUUCUAACUUCUCUAUUAAAAACUUGAAAAAGUUGUUUAGUUCGCCUGACUAUAAGAUCGUUCCUACGGUUAACCAGGUUGAGAUACACCCAUACUUGCCACAAACUGAGCUUCUUGAGUUCUGUAAGAAACAUGAUAUUUUGUUGGAAGCUUUCAGUCCAUUGGGCUCCUCCAAUUCCCCAUUAUUGAAGGACGAAACUAUUGUCAAAAUUGCAGAAAAGAAUCAGGUUUCGGUAGCUACAAUUUUGAUCUCUUGGGCUAUCUGGAGAGGAACUGUUGUGUUGCCAAAGUCUGUCAGCGAUUCAAGAAUUGAAAGCAACUUCAAUGUUGUCGAUUUGUCGGACGAAGAUGGUGAAGAAUUGAACAACUUGCACAAAGUCAAGGGUAUCAAGAGAUUCGUCAGUCCUAACUGGGAUCCAAUUGACGUCUACGGUGAAGAUUAG